UAAUAAAUAACUAAUAAAGUUGCUGAACGAAUGUUUCUCCGCUUUAUUCCGCUGAGUUAGCCUUAGUUGAACCAAAAAAAAAAAAAAAAAAGAGUAUGCAAACAAAUAGUUUACAGUAUUAUGAAGGCUGUGGCAAAGAAGGUCAAAUACGGUGUAUAUUUCUCAGUGAAUUUCAUGCAACAGCUGGUUCCAAAAUCAGUUGUCAGGUACCAGCCGAUUAUGUGCCCAAAGAAGUAUUCGAUGCUGUCAAUGUUUAUAUUAUCCCUAAGCCUCAUUUACAGCGUUGCAUACUCACUGUUAAUGCCAUGGAUAUGAAAAUUGUCGGUUAUCCAGUAGGAAUUGAAGAUCAGCAAAAAUAUGCUCGUAAUGCUUUCCUAUUUAAUUUGUGCUUUGUGUGCGAUUCCUGGGCACGUUCAGUGCAAUAUGAACCGGUUGUUAAAAAGCUCUCUGAAUAUUUGAUUAUGAUGGAAGAGGAAAGUUGUUUCCUUUCCAAGGAGGGGGAUAAUAAGUUACGAUUGCAGAAAAUAUUUGAGACCGUGAUUAAAGACUUAAAUGGGCAAAGGGUCACGACCAUAGUAGAAGGAGAUACUACUAUCUAUUUGAAAAUAGUUACCCAUAAACCGGAUCCACCGUUAGUAAAGGAUCAUAUGGUACCUCUCUUAUUGGUCGACUAUAAAGACACGCCUUUAGAGAAUUGGGAUCUUACAACACAACAGAUUCUUCCAUACAUUAAUGGCAUCAAUCAUAUAGCUCGUAUCGCGGCUGAAGCUGACGUAGAGACUAAUCUGGUUAAAUCGUGCGUUCAAAAUUUAGUUUAUUAUGGUGUUGUUCAAUUGCUACCCAUUCUUAAGUACAGUAAUGUUUACAUGACACAGAAUUUAAAAAAUCUUAUACAAAGUACAUCCCUAAGUUAUGCUUGCCGCAAGUAUGUAGCAUUAAAUCCCGACAAAACAAAACCCACUAUACAGAAAAUAUUUCAAUUCUAUGCCUCCAUGACGCACGGAGUAACUUUGAGAGCCAUAUGCCAACGCUUAUGUCCGCAAAAUCACAAUAUCGAUGAACGCAAAUUAGUUAUAUUCGGUCUUCAGCAUAAAUUUAUACGUUGCAUACAUAAAUAUCCUGUGUUCACGGGCUCUGUGCCGUCGGGACGUCAAAAAAUGUACACUGGUCUACAAAAUUUCGAUGAGAUAUGCUGUAAAACUGGCUUAUCACCGUCUAGUAUAGAAAAAGAUAUUGAUAAGGAUACAAAUGUAACAGUGAUAUGGAAGUAGAGAAUGUUAGGAACAGUGUUUGUAUAUAUGUAUAAUAAUUGUUUUUAUAAUUUAAACAAGAUAAAGAAUAAAAAGCAAAUAACUAGUUAGAGACAUGUUGUGAAUCCGAGAACUGUAAAUGAAAAAAAUCUUAAAAUAUGAUCGCGAAUGAUGUUUGCGAUCAGUGUUCAGUAAAGUUUUAUUAAGCUAAAAAAAAAAAAAAGUUUUACUAAUUGUAAUAGCCUCGUAUUCUCCGUACGCUAUACGAUUAGUUUAGUCGUUUAGUAACUCUUGGUCUGUUUGGUCUGUGAGUACGCAUACGGUCAACUACUUGCUUGUUUGGUCUUCGACAUAAAAUAGCUUGUAGGGCCGGUUUUUUCAUCUUUUUUCUUUUCAUUUCAUUUACCUUUUUGUAAAUACUUCUGUAAAAUGUUGUCGUUAUAGAAAAACAAAAAAAAAUAAAUAAAAACAAAAACGAGAGUUAAAUUGUAUUGGGACCAGUGCUCGAAUGUUAAUUGUAUCGUAAAUACAAUAUGUCAGUUUUUGCUUGUAUGAGUGUAGUUAAAUAAUGAUACAUGUAUAUAGAUAUAUACUAAAGCAUUAGUCUGACGUUGUGCUGCGUGAAUCAUCCGUUAUGAAGUAUUUUGA